AUGCAGCGCAUCUGCAUGGGGCGGUCGGACCCGGCGCUCAGCCGCACGCUCAUCACCGAGUCCAACGCAGCCGUCAAAUGGCUCGCCGCCAACGGCGUGCGCUUCCAGCUGUCCUUCAACCGGCAGGCCUACGAAGUCGACGGCCGCUACAAAUUCUGGGGCGGGAUGGCACUGAAGACGCAGGAUGGCGGAAAGGGCCUGAUCGCCGACCACCGCGCCGCUGCGCGCCGCCACGGCGUCGUCGUCUGCUGGCAGACAGCGCUGACAGGCGUGCGUCUCCACGACCCGCGGCCACGCAGCGCCCAGCGCCGCGUGUCAGCGACAGUCAUCCACCACGGCGAGACACGCACCAUCGCAGCGCAUGCACUCGUCUUCGCGGCUGGCGGCUUCGAGGCCAGCCCGCGCCACCGGUGCCAGUUCCUCGGGCCCGGCUGGGACCUGGCGCUGGUGCGCGGCACGCCCUACAACACGGGCGACUGUCUGGAUCUGGCGCUGGGUGGGGAGCUGGGCGUGCGGCCGGCAGGCAACUGGUCGGGCUGCCACUCGGUGGCGUGGGACGCCAACGCGCCGGCGCACACGGGCGACCGCGAGGCGUCGAACGAGUUCACUAAGUCCGGGUACCCACUGGGGCUGAUGAUCAAUGCGACGGGGCGGCGGUUUGUCGACGAGGGCGUCGACCUGCGCAACUACACGUAUGCGCGGUUCGGGCGGGCCAUCCUCCAGCAGCCGGACCAGAUCGCCUUUCAGGUGUGGGAUGCGCGCAUGACGCCGUGGCUGCGCGCGGAAGAGUACCGCCCCGAGCGGGUCGAGCACAUCACGGCCGACACGAUUGAGGAUCUAGCGGAGAAGUGUGCGCAGCGGGGGUUGCAGGACCGCGAUGAGUUUGUGCGCACUGUGCGCGAGUAUAACGAGGCUGUGGCGGCGCAUCGACGGGAGCAUCCCGAUGCGAAGUGGGAUCCUGCGACGCGGGAUGGCCUCUCGACGCAGUCACGCAUGAAGAAGCUGGAGAUUGCCAAGUCGAACUGGGCGUUGCCGUUGGAUCAGGGGCCGUUUUUGGCUGUCAAGGUCUCGUGCGGCAUCACCUUUACGUUUGGCGGGCUGGCGGUCGACCCGCAGACGGUGCAGGUCAUUCACGCGACGACGGGAGAUAUCAUUCCGGGAGUGUUCUGCGUGGGCGAGAUGAUGGGCGGGCUGUUCUAUAACAACUAUCCGGGCGGCAGUGGGUUGACGUCCGGCGCAGUGUUUGGCCGUCGGGCCGGACGGGAGGCGGCCAAGGUGGCCAUGAAGGCGAAGGGAGAGCGCGAGAUGAAGUUGUAG